AUGGAAAUUUUAAAGACAUAUUAUUGCAUCAAUGAUGAUUCAAAUUUGGAACGAAUUAUUCAUCAAGGUUGGGCCAAAUGGUCUGAAUGGGGUCCGUGCUCUAAUUUGUGCGGUGAUGGUAUAUCAAUUCAAUUAAGGCGUUGUUUAGACGUGCGAUGUGUAGGACCAAAUCGUCGUGAACGUGUUUGUAAUGUUCAACAAUGUAACAAUAUUUCAAUUCAUACAAAAGAAACGCACUGCUCAAAAUUGAAUAGUUUGCCAUAUGAUAAUAAUAAUAAUAAUAAUAAUAAUAAUAGUGGUUCUAAAUUGCUGCCAGAAAAAUGGAUUCCUUUAGAAAGCACUCAUCAGUGUAUUGUGGUAUGCCGUUCCUUAAAAACCGGUAAAGAGCAGGAAUUAGAAAAGAUGGCUGAUGGUACAGAAUGUUUUAUUGAAGGAUAUAAUAAAUCUGUCUGUGUGAAUGGCAUUUGUCAGUACGUUGGUUGUGAUGGUAUUAUACAAUCAAAUGCUCGUUAUGAUCCAUGUGGAAUAUGCGGUGGUACAGGUGAAAGUUGUAAGCAUACAAUAUUUCAAUGGAAGGAUACCAAACAAUUUUCACCUUGCGAUAUGAGUUGUGGACCAAACG